UAAAAAAUUUUUUGAGAAAAAGGGCUGUUUUCAAGGUGACAUCGCCAUCGUCCCACUCCGGGCCGGCGAGAAGGAUCUCUCCCGCGUUCCAGAGAGCUUCCGGCAAUCUUUUGGGCACUCUGUGAAUGCGGGAAAGAUCCCAUCUUUGGUGAUUCUGGUGUUUUUUUAUUGCCAAAAGUGCCUUCUUUGUGUUUUUACUCUUGUUUUUGUGUUUUUUAAUUGGUUUUGUUGUUCUGAAUUGGUAGAUCCAGUGGGAGUUUUGAUUCGUUCUUUUGCAGCAAUGUUUGGAUCGAAGAAAGUUGAUGUUGAGGUGGAGCUCAAGAAGGAUAGGACUGUGAGGUUCUCUGGAUUUGGUGCAAUAUCAGGUUCUAUCCUGAUGAGAAGCAAAAUUCAACAAAGACUAUGUAUCAAACACCCAAAUCCGGUGGACUUUUAGCUAAUAGAGCUGGCUACAUGACCCCUGCAAAGUCCAAAGUGUUCCAGGAGGACCAUGAGCCGUGGAGCAAGCAAAUACUUGAUCCAGGAAGUGACCUUGUUUUGAAAUGGAACAGGGUUUUCCUUGUCUCUUGCUUGCUAGCUCUGUUCAUAGAUCCUCUGUAUUUCUUUCUUCCUUCUAUCCAUGUGGGCAAUGACACUAUAUGUAUCAAGAUGGACCGGAGCUUGAGCAUUACGGUCACCUUCUUCCGCUCACUGGCUGACUUGUUUUAUGUAUUUCACAUGGUUAUAAAGUUUCGCACUGCUUAUGUGGCGCCAAGCUCGAGGGUGUUUGGACGGGGAGAGCUUGUCAUGGAUCCUAAGAAGAUUGCAAGGAAGUACUUGAGAUCAGAUUUCUUUCUUGACCUUGCGGCUGCUCUUCCUCUUCCACAGAUUGUCAUCUGGCUGGUUAUACCAAUGAUCAAAAGUUCGAAUGCAGAUCAUAGCAACAAUGCACUUGCUCUGAUUGUUCUUUUCCAGUACAUACCAAGGCUAUACCUCAUAUUUCCUUUAAGUUAUCAAAUUAUAAAAGCUAAUGGUGUUGUUACAAAGACUGCAUGGGCCGGUGCUGCUUAUAAUCUAGUGCUUUACAUGCUGGCCAGCCAUGUUCUUGGAGCAGCUUGGUAUCUUUUGACAAUAGAACGGCAGACAACAUGCUGGAAGUCGCAAUGCGAACAAGAAAAGAAUAGGACAUUCUGCGAGCCCCGGUUUCUCGACUGUGACUUUUUGAACCAAAAAGAUCAACAAAAUUGGGCUAAAGUUACAAAUGUGUUUACAAACUGCGACGCAGAUAAUGAUAGUAUCAGUUUUGACUAUGGCAUAUUUCAACAAGCAUUGAUUAAUGGUGCCCUCUCAGCAGAGUUCCUUAAGAAAUACUUUUAUUGUCUUUGGUGGGGACUGCAAAACUUGAGCUGUUAUGGACAGACUUUAACUACAAGUACUUUCAUCGGUGAAACUGCAUUUGCCAUACUCAUCGCCAUUCUCGGUCUUGUUUUGUUUGCACACUUGAUCGGGAAUAUGCAGACAUACCUGCAAUCACUUACAGUAAGACUUGAAGAGUGGAGACUGAAGCGAAGAGAUACUGAAGAGUGGAUGAGACAUCGACAACUUCCUCAUGAUUUGAGAGAACGAGUUAGGCGAUUUGUUCAGUACAAGUGGCUUGCAACACGAGGAGUGGAUGAAGAAUCCAUAUUGCGCGCAUUACCUACAGACCUUCGUCGGGAUAUUCAACGCCAUCUAUGCUUGGACCUUGUCAAACGAGUGCCAUUUUUCUCGCAGAUGGAUGGUCAGCUUCUCGAUGCCAUAUGCGAGCGGCUGGUUUCCUCUUUAAGCACUGAGGGCACUUACAUUGUUCGAGAGGGUGACCCAGUAACAGAGAUGCUAUUCAUUAUUCGUGGGAGACUAGAGAGCUCUACAACAAAUGGAGGCAGGACAGGCUUCUUCAACUCUAUAACUCUUAGACCAGGUGAUUUCUGCGGCGAAGAACUACUGUCGUGGGCAUUGCUCCCAAAGUCCACGUCCAACUUGCCGUCUUCCACCAGGACAGUAAGGGCUCUUGUUGAAGUCGAGGCAUUCGCAUUAAGAGCUGAAGAUCUCAAGUUUGUCUCGAACCAAUUCAGGAGACUUCACAGUAAGAAACUUCAACAUACAUUCAGGUUCUACUCACACCAUUGGAGGACCUGGGCUGCUUGCUUCAUCCAGGCUGCAUGGCGGCGGUAUAAGCGAAGAAAGUUGGCCAAAGAUCUUAGCAUGAGGGAGUCUUUCAAUUCUCGAACCGAAGAGCAAGCUGGUGAUGAGUCCGACCAUGAGGAACAUUUUGCUCCCAGGACUGAAAACGUUUCUCAACCAAAACAAAAUCUCAAUGUCACUAUUCUGGCAUCGAAAUUUGCUGCUAGCACCAGGAAAGGAGCUCAGAAGCUCAAGAUUAAUGAUUUGCCAAAGUUACAGAAGCCCGAUGAACCUGACUUUUCUGCUGAUCCUUAUGAUUAUUAACGUAAAAUGCCUGUCAAAAAAGUGACUGACAACUAUUUUUUUUACAGCAGCAGAUCUUCCUUGAUUAAGAGCUGAAGAAUUAGUAAAAUUGAUUGUCUUACCUUGUUGUAAGAGAACAAAUAGAUUUCCAGUGUGGUGGUUUGUUUUUUCAUCUGAUUUGUUAAUCAAUGUGCUCUCUUUUUGUACAAUAUUAAUAGAAGAAAAGAGUUUUUUCAGUGCU